CAAACUAACAUGUCAAAUUUGCUUUCUUUUUCGUAUUUUAAGUUUAAAUUCUAUUUUGGCUUUACGACAUGGACAGCAGAAUUCAAAAAAUUGGCGCUGCCCAAAGAGCGCGCCGACAUUUCUCCACCAUUGUCUAUUGUGUAACGAUACUUUGGAUAUUAGUGGGUCUAGCACAGUGGGUGCUACUAUGCGUUUUAAAGGAUUUAGGCGCUAUUUUUGUCGAGCUGCCUUGGAUGUGCGCAAUUUUCUUUGGCGCUUCUAUCAUAUUCAUCAUAUUCUUCAUAUUCUUUGAGCAGGUGCGCUUUAUACCGGGUCUAAACGCAAUUUUUACCAUAAUUAUAGUGGAGUGCGCUAUAAUUGGACUAUUUGGUUUGGCAGUAAAGUCAGCUUGGCCGGAUCUGCUUGUUUGGUUUUUCGUUUGCUUUCUGCUAAUGUUUCUAUUCAUUAUACUGGGCAUUGUGAUACCUCAUGAUCUAACGCUGGAUGUUGUCAUCUUAUUUGUCAUCGCCUUUGUCUUUCUCAUACUGACUGUCUUUCUGAUCAUGUUAUUUAUGCUAACUGACACGGAAUAUUCAUAUUUUCUGUAUCAGGCGCUCAUUAGCGCGGUGGUGCUUAUGUUUGUCAUGUAUCAUGCUCAGACCAUCAAUGGCGGUCGCUUUGCGGAAAUGCGCGUCACCGACUACUUCCUGGCUACGCUCAUACUCUUCUAUGACUUUCUUGUGCUGUUCCUGCUCACGUUCUAUGUGCAGUACAAACACCAGCUUGUCUACAAAGGACUAUACAGCACAUCCACAACUGCGGAAAAGUGAACAACAACAACAGCAAGCAGCGUUCACUCGUGUAAAUAUAAAUUCACCCUUUCUCCAAUUAAA